UACUAGAACGAAAGUAAGCAGUCGGUAGUUCUGCAAUUCAAAGUGAAUUUAGACUUUCUACACUUUGCGAUUCCUUUGCUAUAUGUAUUAACAAAUUUAUUUAUUGUCUACAUUUGAAAACAGAGAAUAACAGUCUUUAUCUCUACUCAUCUUUUCAAAUUAAAGCGUCUAGAAUUCUGGCCAAGGUGUAGACUUACUUUGGUUGUUAUUUCGUAGCAAUUCAGAAUCAUCUGACAGCUCCUGCCAAAAUCACGGGAAAUCAAACAAUUCCUCAUGUGCAUUUGCAAGCAAUGAAAUCCUGUUCUUCAAAAUAUAUUAAUCAUAAAUGUAUCAUUGUGUAGAGCAUAACUGCUUUUACUGUCUUUUUCCAACCACCAAACUAUCAUUCAGUUUCAACAAUGGAAGCUAAUAAAUAUAUGGAGAUGUGGACAAUCUAGUUAAAAUUUCAAACAGUUUAUUACUUUAAAAUUUCGAUAUCGGAAAGCAAAAUUUAAUUUUCUUGUUAAUUUGAUAUAAAUUUUUACAUUUUUUGUACCGGUACUCUUUUAAAAGAUACAAUGAGUUUCAAUCGAAUACAGCGGACAAAGAAUGUACUUUUUUAUAAUUUGACAUGUACAUUUAUUAUUGUAUUGGUGUUAGUAACAUUGCUGACACUCAGACCAUGGAAUAUUAAACAAGGAGAAGAAUUAUUUGCAUUUCGUUAUGUGGAAAAUUCUCCUGAAAUUCAAAUAGUUUCCUCAGCUGUGCAAGCUAAAAGUCGGGAUCGAGAUUGCAAUUUCUUCAAUUGCUUUGAUGUGUUCAAAUGUGGCUAUUCUGGGAAGAAACUAUCUGUCUAUAUAUAUCCUAUUAAAAAUUUUGUUGAUGAUAAAGGAGUGCCUAUUUCUGUGCCCUUUUCUAUUGAAUUCAUAGAAAUUUUGCGAACUAUAUAUAAUAGUCCAUACUAUGAAAAAGAUCCAAAGAAAGCAUGUAUAUUUGUUCCUUCACUUGAUCUUUUAAAUCAAAAUAAUGUACGUUUGAAGGAAACUUCUCAAAUUUUGUCGUCGUUGCCAUAUUGGAACUCCGGAAUCAAUCAUCUGCUAUUCAACUUUUUACCUGGCAGUGUUCCUGAUUAUAAUCCUGUGCUUGAAAUAGAUUUAGAUCAUGCAAUGAUUGCUGGAGCUGGAUUUUCUACUUGGACGUACCGUAAAACACAUGAUAUCAGCAUCCCAGUUUUCAGUUUGCUUGGACAUCCAUUUGAUUUGACAACUUGCAAAGAAGGCUCAAGACAAUAUUUGGCAACAUCUGCUCAAAAUAAUAUUCACUUUGAAUAUCGAAAUGAACUUGAAGAUCUUGCAGAGGAACAUCCUGAAUUACUUGUUCUCAAUCGAUGUUCACAAGGAAAUAUAACUUUACGUUGCAGAGGUGGUGAAACAUUCUCAUAUCCUGAAGUUCUUGAGGAAUCUACCUUUUGUUUGAUCAUACGUGGAGCUCGAUUGGGACAAACAGUUCUGUCUGAUGCCAUGAAAGCUGGCUGUAUUCCUGUAAUAGUUGCAGAUGGCUAUGUUUUGCCUUUUGCUGAGAGCAUUGAUUGGCAGAGGGCCAGUAUAUCUGUGUUCGAAGAAAAUCUUGCCGAUCUCAUACACAUUCUUAAGUCAGUCUCUGAUGAACGAAUUUCUGAAAUGCGCUCCCAAGUUUGUUUUCUGUGGGAAAAGUAUUUCAGCUCUGUUUCUCAUAUAACAAAUGCUGUUUUAAAUGUGCUGAAUUCAAGAAUAUUUCCACAUCAUGCUCUUACGUAUGAGGACUGGAACAAUGCGCCGGGCGAGGUUCGAGUCUCGCCUCCUUUAUUUCUACCUACAAUUGCUCCUAAGUCUCAAGGAUUCACUGCAAUUGUAUUAACAUACGAUCGCUUGGAAAGUUUAUUUCAAGUGAUUCUGAAAGUUGUGCAAGCUCCUAGUUUAGCAAAAGUGCUUGUAGUAUGGAAUAAUCAAAUGAAAUCCCCUCCUCCUGCUUCUAUUUGGCCAAAGAUCAACAAACCACUGAAAGUAGUGCAAACUAAAGAGAAUAAACUUAGUAAUAGAUUUUACCCUUAUGAUGAAAUUGAAACAGAAGCUGUGUUAGCUAUAGAUGAUGACAUUGUGAUGUUAACUGCUGAUGAGUUGGAAUUCGGUUAUGAGGUCUGGCGAGAGUUUCCCGAUCGAAUUGUUGGGUUUCCUUCAAGGGUUCAUCUGUAUGAUAAUGCAACUAAAAAAUGGAAAUAUGAAUCUGAGUGGACUAAUGAGAUUUCAAUGGUUUUAACUGGUGCUGCAUUUUACCAUAAAUUUUACAGUUAUCUGUAUACUAAUUCGAUGCCUGGAGAUAUCAAAGAAUGGGUUGAUGAUCACAUGAAUUGUGAGGAUAUUGCCAUGAACUUUUUAGUGGCUAAUGUUACUGGAAAAGCACCAAUAAAAGUAACUCCAAGAAAGAAAUUUAAAUGCCCAGAAUGUACAAAUGUUGAAAUGCUAUCUGCUGAUGUUAUUCAUAUGGCUGAACGUUCUGAAUGUAUUAAUAAGUUUGCUGAAAUAUAUGGUGUAAUGACUCUCAAAACCGUUGAAUUUCGUGCUGAUCCUGUUCUGUAUAAAGAUAAUUUUCCAGAAAAGCUGAAGCGAUUCAACAAUGUUGGUAGUUUGUGAUUUUUAAAAGAGUCUUCAUUUGUGGAGUUAUAGAACAAUUGCCAUCCUGUAUUAUUGCAUUAUUUCGUAGAACGCUUAUUUUCUAAGUAUGAAUCAUAUGUUCAUUUUAUUGUUGAUCAUUUCAUGCAUAUAUAUCAUAUUUAUGGUGUUCGUUUUUGUUGUUAUUUAUACUGUUAAAAAUGUAAUACCUUCCAGUGGAUAGUUUAUAUCUAAAAUGGAUCUCACUCUUUGGAAAUAGACUUUUCAAUCACCUGAAUGCUAAAAACAAAUAAAAAAAAUCACUUUCUUGUCAUGUACAUAGAAAAUAUUCCGUUAAAAUUUAUAUUUAUCAACAUUAUUGAAUUUAAAGAACUUGGAGUAUAAAUUCUUGAUAUGUGCAUUUUAGAAAUAUUUGUAUGCAGCAAGUGGUAUUAGUUCAGUAACUAAAAAACUAAAAAAUUUUGCAAAUAUAUUGCAAUAUUUGCAAAAUAAGAGUUUCCAUCAAACAUAUCUGACCAUUAAUAUCUUUAGACCAAAUCGCUAUUUUAUUUAAAAUAAUUUGGAUAAUAAAAGUUCAAUACAAUAACUGUACAAUGAUAAUUGAUAUUUAAAGAUAUUUUAAACUAAAAUUACCUAAAAUAUAUCAUACAUUUAUGCAUAUCUAGCUCUGCUAUAUACUAUAAAAGAAAAAUGGAAGAAUAAGUAAGUAGAACAGUGAAUUAAAUACUUUUCAUUUAUUACUGGCAUAUAUUUUAUGUUUUAGUAUGGAAACGUACUAAAACAUAAAAUGCUCUUAACCAUAGUUAGUAGGAAUACACAUGGAAGAUUUUUUGUUACAUUAAUGAAAAAAGUAAUUCUUUCUUCAGUACUAUUUAAAAUUGGAAAUAACUUAAUGCAAGAAUCACAUCGAAUAUACUGAAAAAUUAUAAACAUGCAACUCUUAUAAAACCAUGUUUCUCAUCAAGAAGAAAUAGAUUUUCCAGACUUCUCAUAUUGUAUUGAAAAUGCUGUCUCAUACAUCACUUUUUUUUGGGGGGGGACUUGUUUAAUGUCACAAUCUUAUAAAAUUAUAGUAAAAUAUGAUAGAAUUUAAGCACAGUUUCUUUAUUUUUCAUCUCUACAUUUUCUGUAACCUUAUUAUUGGAUCAAACAAAAAAUAAAUGUUGGAAAAAGGGUUUAUAUAUUAAAAAUCACAUUCCUUUUUUGAGGAUCUCAAAACAUUUUAUCUUGUUUCACUUUUUCACCAGUGUCUUUUUUAAAAGUCUUGCUACUUUCAUUUCUAUCUUCUCCCUUUGAAAUAGGAAAGCACAUUAAUGUAGAAAUUUUGAAUUGCUCUAAAUUUAUAAGUAACCAAGCUCUAUCCGAUAUUUAUUUUACUUCAUGCAGUUUCAAUUGUAGAUAAGAUUUAUUAUAUGGAUUGUUUACUUUUCCUUUUGGGCUUGCUAAAAUUAAUGAAAUUUUUUCCACUGGUUUAAAAAGAGGUUUAUAAAAGCUUGUCAAACAGAAUUCUUUUGAUUCUUCUGUUUCCACAAAUAUGAUCUAAUGCUAAUUAGCUAAUGAAUUAGUGACGAUUCAAUAAAUUGUACUGCAGUGUUUUUAAUCUUCUUACAAUCAGUUUGUUGAAUAUAUUUUGUGAUAACUCAAAUAUAAAGUUUCAUAUUAAAAAAAUAAUUUACAUUGUGAUAUUAUUUAAUUACAUUCUUUAAUACAUAUCUUAUUUUCAAGAAACAAUAUGUGAAUUAAUAAAUAAUAUCAUUCGAUUUUUGUUUCUUUAGUAACUUCAUAUCUUAUUAAGUUAUAUGAUCCUUUUAGUUUAACUAAGUUUUAGGCAUUUUCGUUUCAUGUUGCUUAUAUAUAGUUAUUUUAUUUAUUGUAUCUUUUUAUUUAAUACUAUAUAUGUAAUUUUUUUAUUUAAAAUAUCUUC